AUGCUUUAUGAAACUGCACAGUACUAUCCUGCGUAUAAGUCCCAAGUGCAACCGACUCCAGAUGACGUACUCCAAGAACGCCUGCGUCGGGGUCGCCCCCCAUCGCAGCUGCCACCACGCGCCCAACCGCCCUUUGUGCGCUUCAGUGCUGACCCAGAGGAGUUCUCCGAACAGCCCGAAGAUAAAACUGUGCGCUUCAUAAAUCGCGUCUACUUGUUUGCCGGCCUACUGAUUUUCAUAACCACCGUCCAAUUGCUGUCCAUUGUGUUUCUUUUAAAGGAACGAGAUAAGUACAUGACUAUUGCUGGAUUCGUAUUAUUGGCAGUAGGUUUUGUAUUACUUAUCAUAUUUAACCUCUUUGCCGGGGUGCGUCGGAUCUUUGUACUUAAUUAUAUAUUGGCUGUACUGUUGGUCGAAUGUCUGGCACUGGGCACAAUCUUUGUUCUGCCCGAUUACGACAUAAGAUAUGUUGCUCUCGCGAUUGUUAUAGCAUUGACACUUCUUAUGCUCUGCUAUUUAUUGGGUGCUUGGUUACCAAAGAAUAUUUUGCCAAACGAAAUUGUCAUUUUCAUAGCGCUAGGCGCCUUAAUGGCAGUUGCCAUCGCUUGCCUCAUCAUGUACUUUCUAACACGUGAUCGAAGGUAUGAGCUUGGCUUCAAUGGUGUAUUGCUUGUGGUGGUAAUGAUCUCAUCGCUUUAUCACGCGCAGGUGGUCCACGGUAGGCGCUUUGAAGUGAUCUUCAAGGACAAUGUGUUUUGCGCAGUUACCAUUGGUGUACACUUUGUUUUACUGUUCACAAUAAGCCAUAAUUUGAUACAAAAUAUAAUGCAGUUUAAGGAACUAAAUGCAUAA